CGGCAACGGAAAGAUGGCGGACGUGGCCGUGGGCAAGGACAAGUGCGGGGAGCAGCGGCUCGUGUCGCUGCCCCUGUCCCGCAUCCGGGUCAUCAUGAAGAGCUCCCCCGAGGUGUCCAGCAUCAACCAGGAAGCACUGGUGCUCACGGCCAAAGCCACGGAGCUCUUUGUUCAGUACCUAGCCACCUAUUCCUACAGACAUGGCAGUGGAAAAGAAAAGAAAGCACUGACUUACAAUGACUUAGCGAAUACUGCAGAGGAAUCGGACACUUUUCAGUUUCUUGCAGAUAUAUUACCAAAGAAGAUUUUAGCUAGUAAGUACCUGAAAAUGCUUAAAGAGAAGAAGGAGGAGGAUGAGGACGAUGAAGGAAGUGACGAUGAUGAAGCGGAGUCCUAGACCAAGGAAGAAGGCUUCUAGAAAUCACCUGGCCAGGACCCUCCUUGGUGACCCUCUUGCUCUGAAGCAAUCAAAUCACCAUGUGGCUUUGGUUUCCCUUUCCAGAAAUUUCCAGUACAGCAUAUUCCUUCAUGACUAAAACUGAUCAUCUCCUGCAUCUACACCAUGAAGAGCUGAAGGGAAAAUAGUGCAACUGCGGUCUGACAGGCCACCCUGCAGCUGAAACCACUGUCCUUUCCUUUGAACUUGCAGACAGAUUCUGACAAGCUUCUGGAUUAGCUGUGGAUUUAUGAUUUAUAUUCUGAAAUUCUUAUAAGAACUGGAUUUAGUUUCAGCUAAAUAUGUAGUUUAUAGUCAUAUGCUUCCUUUCAGUUAUGUAUUUUUAUAAAAUUUGACUAUGUGUUCAAAUUUUAUUUUUUUAUUGUAAAGAUACUUUUUCUUUUCUAUUAAGGUCUGUACAUAUUUUUACAGUAAUGUGCUUUGUGGAACUAGU